AUGGAUGUUCAAGUACCUCUGUGCUGUGCUGACUUAGAUUCCUCUUGGUAUUACCCAGGAAUCUGGGUUAUAUGGCUACUUCCCUCCUCUUGUAUUCACUGUGAAGAUACCUACCUGUCUGUGUUAUCAUUGCAGAACUCCUCCGAUAAAGCAUCCAUCCUGGCCAUUCUCCAGGUCCUCAGCGAUCUGCUUUCUGUUGGCACAGACCGGAGGAUUUAUUAUAUAAUCAGCAAAGGUGGCAGCGAAACCCUUCUGCAGACUCUGGUGGACACAGCAAGGUCAGCUUCUCCUGACUGGGACAUCCUCCUGCCUCUCUUCAGGCUGCUGGCUAAAGUUGGCCUAAGAGAUAAGAAGUUUGGACAGAAGGCACUAGAAUUAGAAGCCCUUGAUGUGACCUUGAUUCUGGCCAGGAAAAACCUGUCUCAUAGCCAGAACCUCGUGCACUGUCUCUGGGCAUUGCGUGUGUUUGCCUCCAGAGUAACCAUGGGAGCCAUGCUGGGAAUUAAUGGAGCCAUGGAACUGCUCUUCAAGGUCAUUUCUCCUUAUACCCGAAAGCACACCCGGACAAUCAGGGCAGCCACGGAAGUUUUGGCAGCGUUGCUGAAAUCCAAGUCUAACAGCCGCAGGGCAGUGAACAGAGGCUAUGUCAACAGCUUGCUCAGGCUGCAUCAGGACUGGCACAGCCGCGAUGUGACCAACACCUAUGUGAUGAUCCGCCAUGGGCUUCUGCUCUGCCUCAGGCACAUUGUCGCCCUCCGGUCUGGCAGGGAGGCCUUCCUGGCAGCCCAAGGCAUGGAGACUCUCUUCAGCAUUGCACAGACUUGCCUGGAGAACAAGGACAUGGAGCUUGUGAUCUCUGCUGUGAUUCAGAUCCUCAGGCAGUGUUACCCUGUGAGUCGCCUUCCCCUGGCCACAGCCAGCAGUGCCUACACCUUCCCUGCCCCUGGGAGCACCAGCUUGGAGCUUCCACGCCAUCUAACUGAAGAGGAUUUUGACGAUGAUGGUGAUGAAGAGAUGGACAAAGACUCAGAUGUGGAAGCUGGGAAAGAAGAUGAUGACUUGGAAACUGAUAUGAGCAAGCUGAGUUCUAAGCCUGGUCUUGACUUACCUGAGGAGGAACUUGCGCAGUAUGAUGCGAUGUGUCCUGAGCUCUCCUACAGUUUUGAGGAACUAGAACCCAAAUAUGGAGAUAAUUUGAACAUCAGAGACACUCUGCAUGCCAAUCACCACCACAUUCCAAGUGCUGCCUCUCUAAGGCAACACUGUUUCAACAGAGAGCAUAGCUCCUGGAGACAAGAAGGAGAAGACACAGUCCACACUUCCAUUCUGCACAUGGCGAAGACAGGGAAGUCCAGCAUAUGGUCAUCCUCAAAACAAAGAUCUGCAACAAAUGUGAACCAAAGCAUAGAACAAAAUGGUUUGGGGAUCGAUUCUUCUGGACAUGGUACCCUGGACAUUCAGACUCCCUUAGAACAGGCUGCUUGGGACAUAGAAGCAAUUUCUUGCCCAAGGAUAACUGCCUCAUUUACCAACUCUACCAAGCCAGAAGAAAGCCAUGAAGCAGCAGAGAAGCUUCUCCACAUACAUCCCAAGCACAUACCUUUCCAUGAUCCUCAUCUUUAUAUGGCCAAUGUGAUGCGAACAAGAUCUGCUGUGGGAUUCAAGACGAUGGCAUUUCCUGAUUUCUGGGGGCACUGUCCCCCUCCCACUGCUCAACCCCUGUUGGAUCGCAAAUUGGGAGUUCAGAGGAUCAAGAUACUUGAGGAUGUCCGGAGGCUCCUCCAGCCAAGUGAUGUUAUAAACAAGGUUGUCUUCAGUUUAGAUGAGCCCUGGCCUUUGCAAGGCAGCAUUUCCGAUUGCUUAAGGUUCCACUCCAAGUUUGAAUCAGGCAAUCUUCGUAAAGCCAUCCAAGUGCGUGAGUUUGAGUAUGACUUGUUGGUCAAUGCUGACGUGAAUAGUUCCCAGCAUCAGCAGUGGUUCUACUUCAAGGUGAGCGGCAUGAGGGCCGCGGUCCCUUAUCGCUUCAACAUCAUCAAUUGUGAGAAACCCAACAGCCAGUUCAACUAUGGGAUGCAGCCGACCCUGUAUUCUGUGAAAGAGGCUCUUCUUGGCCGACAUGCCUGGAUACGGACAGGCUCUGAAAUUUGUUACUACAAAAAUCACUACCUUCAGAAUGCAGCCGCCAUGGAUGGAGCAUCCGGGAAGCGCUAUUACACCCUCACCUUUGCUGUUACCUUCCCACACAAUGAGGAUGCCUGCUAUCUGGCCUAUCACUAUCCCUAUACCUACUCCACCCUCAUGACUCAUCUUGAAAUUCUGGAAAGAAGCAUCGAUCGCAGGGAAGUCUACUUCCGGCAUGAUGUUCUCUGCCAAACGCUGGGAGGGAAUCCAUGUCCAUUGGUGACGAUCACUGCCUUUCCUGAAUCUAACAGCGCCGAGCAUCUGGAACAGUUCCGCUGUCGUCCAUAUCAGGUGAUCACAGCACGAGUUCACCCAGGAGAGAGCAAUGCCAGUUGGGUGAUGAAGGGAACCUUGGAGUUCCUAGUCAGCAGUGACCCUGUAGCAAAGCUCUUGAGGGAAAACUUCGUGUUCAAGAUCAUCCCUAUGCUCAACCCAGAUGGUGUCAUCAAUGGCAAGUAUGUCACCUGUCUGGCCCAAUGGAUCCACUACUGCGUAUGUGUCACUGUAGUAAAAAUCCACUGCCGUCUCAUCAAAGGGGUGUAA